AUGGAGGGUUCGACCGGCAACUCGCCGGCGCCGCCGCCCGCCUUCCGGAACAGGUACUGGAUCCUCCGCCACGGCCGCAGCGUCCCCAACGAGCGCGGCCUCAUCGUCUCCUCCCUGGAGAACGGCACGAAGCCGGAGUUCGGGCUGGCCCCUCAGGGCGUCGAGCAGGCGCGCUCCGCCGGCGAGUCGCUCCGGAAGGAGCUUGAGGAGAUGGGUGUGCCGGUGGACUCUGUCAAGAUCUGUUACUCGCCGUUCUCGCGGACGACGGAGACGGCCAGGGUGGUCGCCGGCGUGCUGGGCGUCCCAUUUGAGGGUCCUAGCUGCAAGGCAACCGUGGAACUUCGUGAACGUUAUUUUGGACCAUCAUAUGAGUUGCUUUCACACGAGAAGUAUGCAGAGGUAUGGGCAAUAGAUGAAGCAGAUCCCUUUUUGGCCCCAGAAGGUGGGGAGAGCGUUGCAGAUGUUGCUAGUAGACUUGCAGGGGUGCUGUCUUCUGCAGACGUGGAGUUUCAUGGCUCUGCUGUUCUUAUUGUCAGCCAUGGGGAUCCAUUGCAGAUCUUUCAAGCAGUACUCAGCGGAGCCAAGGAAAACCCAUCUUUCCUCGACGAUGCAUCUGGCCUGAGAAAGGAAAGCCUGGUAAUUUCGUCCGUGUUGUCACAGCACCCUAGCCUAGCCACCCACGAGCCAUCUCAUGAUUCAGUUUUUGAGACACAGAGGUGUCAUCUUUUCUUCUACGCGGGAGCAGGGGACGCAAAGUUUCAGCGGCAGCUAGCUGGGUGGAUCCAGGCUCGUCGUCUGCAUUUGGUUCCGGCGUCGUGA